AUGGAUUACCAGAACAGAGCAGGCUCCAAAUUUGGAGGCGGUGGAGUCGCAUCGCAUUCCGCCACGAACGCAGACAGACGUGAACGACUCCGUAAGCUUGCGCUCGAACACAUCGACCUCGCGAAGGAUCCAUACUUCUUCAAAAACCAUGUCGGCAGCUUCGAAUGUCGUCUGUGUCUUACAGUCCAUCAAAAUGACGGGUCAUACCUCGCGCAUACCCAGGGACGAAAGCAUCAGACCAACCUUGCCCGCCGUGCAGCACGGGAGCAGAAAGAAGGGAGAGCCCAGGAUGGAGCUGGCGGUGCGAUGCCUGCUGGGAAUAUGGGGGUACAAGUGAAGAGAAACACAGUAAAGAUCGGUCGACCGGGUUAUAAAAUCACAAAGAUUCGCGAUCCGCUUACGAGACAACACGGGUUACUUUUCCAGCUACAAUAUCAAGAGAUCACGCCUGGAGUUACGCCGAGAAUUCGGUUCAUGUCUGCUUUUGAGCAGAAAGUGGAUGAUCCGCCAGAUAAGGAUUAUCAGUAUUUGCUCGUUGCUGCGGAACCGUAUCAGACGUGUGGGUUCAAGUUACAGGCUCGAGAGGUUGAUAGGAGAGAAGGGAAGCUGUGGACAUGGUUCGACGAGGAUAGCAAGGAAUUUUGGAUUCAGUUAUUGUUUAAGACUGAGAGAGAGGAGAGAUAUAGUGGUGUUCCGGGUCUGGCGCCGGCGGGGAUUCGACGCUGA